AUGGAACUUACAAAGACUUGGUCACCAAGUUCAAUAGCCACGUCCACAACUUUAUCAAGUAUUGCUACGACUCAUGUACCAAAACUACAACAAACCAUAUCAUCAGUAAUUCAACAAGCCAAAACUGAAACAAAUUAUAUUGUAUUAAAUUCAUUAUCACAAGCCUAUAGAGGUGCUCAAGCUUCUCUCACAAUAAUAUCAGCGGAAGAAAUAUUAGCCACUGCGACCGCAUCAUCAAUACAAAGUGCCGCUACUCAAGCUAUAUUUGACGCAACUUUAAACUUGAAAGAUUUAGCAAAAGAGCAAAACUUAUUUGGAUACGAACCCAAUAGACCAGGAAAUAUCAUAUACUUAGUAGUUUAUGCUAUUAUUAUGUUAUAUACUGGUGUGAUGAUGAUCUGGUCAAGAUAUUGGUGGUACAACGUCACGUUUUUCUGUGGCUAUGCACUUGAAUUCAUUGGAUUUUUAGGAAGAUGUCUAGCUUUUUCAAAUACCAAGUAUAUGCCUUAUUUCUUGAUGAGUACAGUCUGUUUGACCAUAGCUCCCGCAUUUAUCAUGGCUGCUAUCUACUUUUUAUUUGGUCAAUUGGUCAUAAUUCAUGAUAGAAGAUAUUCAGUUUUACCGCCAUUGUUCUAUUCGUAUUUUUUUAUUGCAACAGAUGUUUUAUCUUUACUUGUACAAGCUGGAGGUGGUGGGGCAGCAAGUGUAGCUUCAUCAAAUCAUACGGACUCGAGACCAGGUACUAAUACCAUGAUAGCUGGUAUUUGUUUACAAGUUUUCGCAAUGACAAUAUUUUUAUAUUUUUGGUUUGAAUUUUUAAAUAGAUUAUAUUUCAAGAGGUUAGAAAGUGAACCUGCAGAUAUUGCCGAGAAAUAUCCGUUAAGGAAAAGAUCAUUUUCAAAUUUUUUCAAGUUGUUGUUCAAUGUCAAGUCAGUGAGAGCGUAUAGAGAAGAUUAUUUAGAAAGUCAUUAUAAUCCAAGGUUUGCGUCAAUUCGUCACAACAAAUUGUUUCCAUACAUGCCAUUAGCCAUGACGAUUACAGUAGUAGUCAUCUAUAUUAGAUGUGUAUAUAGGGUAGUUGAAUUAGUUCAAGGAUUUGGUGGUUAUUUAAUGAAUCAUGAAGUUUAUUUAUUAGUUUUGGAUGCUGCGAUGAUUGCUGUUGCUGGGUUAAUCUUCUUUCCAUUUCAUCCUGUCUGGGUUUUUGGUAGACAAAAUCUUGUUAAAUUGGCUACCAUCAGAAAGAGAAUGGAUGUUCACAAUGAGGAUAGCGAUGAAAUAAAAGAGGAACCAGAACUAUGUGGGGAAACUCUCAAUGAAGAAAGUUUGGAGAAGAAGACAAUGCUGGAGAGAAAUGCUUUAUAA